GCGGUGACGAUUUCCCACCCACCCCCGGCCCACUUCUAGGCUUGUAAUUAAGCCCCGCUGAAGCACUUGCGGAUCCAUUACACUGCUUAGAAGGCGAACAAGGACGCGUCCUCUCCCUCCGGAGUCGCAGGGGCACGUAGGUCCCCGUUUCCUUCAUGCGCCCGGCUUAAUGCAGCCUUCGUUGUUUUUGCUUGUUCCUUCGCUUUUCCCUCAUAUCGAAAUAUGUCGGCAUCCUGUUAUAUAAGAGAGAGAGAAUUGGCAAGGGGCCUCACCUCCCAUCCUUUUGCAACAAUGGAAACAGAAUUGCUGUUGGCUCCUAUCACAGCUCUGGAGAUCAUACAAGAUCAUCUGGUAGCAGGUGAAGGACCCAACAUAGCCAUCUAUGCUUUAGAGCCUGGCACUGUCUGCUCUCCAAGAUGCUGCAAACAGGUCCUCCGGCACUCUAACAUCCACAGUAUCAAAGAGCAACCAAAGCAGACUCCAGGAGCCGGCGAAGCCUCCACCCUGGCUGUCUUUGGGGGCAAAAGCCUUGUCAUUGUAGAGUUUGGCCUCCAGAACAACAGGAUAAAGUUAGCUGAACUCUUUCCUCUCUGUGAGCUGCAUGAUUGGAUCUGGGACCUGCAGUGGCUGGAGAGCAGCACUGAGACACCAAGCUGUGUGGCAGUGGCUCUAGGCCAUAACUCUGUGGCUCUGUAUGACUAUGUUGGCCAAAAGAUUCUCCAAGAAGUACACUGCCAAGAGAAAUGCAUUCUCUACUCCGCCCAUUUGGUUGGGAGCAGCUGGGACAGUUUGGUUCUGGUGGCUGGCACUGUCUUCAAUCAACUGGUGAUCUGGUGUGUUUCUGACCUGGCUGAUGAAACAGGAAGGAUAAAACCCCGCAGCAGGAUCAUUGGGCACCACGGUGUUAUCUUCAGCAUCUGCUACUCGGAAAGCAAAAGCAUCUUGGCCUCAGCUUCAGAUGAUAGGAGCCUGCGGCUGUGGGGCAUCAGCAACCUCCAAGCACCUCUGGACCACAUCCCGUGCUUGCUGGUAUGCUACGGGCACCAGUCCAGGGUGUGGUCAGUCCAGCUGCUGAACGACUGUAUCAUCAGCAUAGGAGAAGAUUCAGCUUGUCUUGUGUGGAACUACCAAGGUGAGAUUGUUCGCAGCUUCAAAGGACACACAGGCCGAGGUCUACGCACAGUGGCGGUGCACGAGGCACGGGGCUGUGUCUUCACAGGCGGGGCUGAUUCUGGCAUUAGAUGCUGGCAUUUGAAAGGACCGAGGACCAACAGGAACAGCCUCUUGCAGCUUAAUUUCCCAUCACCUCAAAGGAAAGGAUUACCCAGAGCAGUAAAGCUGGUGGAUACUGGCCAUCUCCUUGUAAUGACUGAUGCUGGGGCUGUAUACUCUUAUGGCUUGACCUCUAAAGACUGGACGUUGAUCCUGGAGGAUGCUGCUUAUCAGUCCUACAGCCUCCUAGAAGUGUGUCAGCUCACUGGAGGAGAUACCCUGUGUGCUAUGGGCAGUCUUUCAGGGCAGGUCAAAAUAUUCCCUCUCCACAAUCCUGCGCUAAGCAAGGACCUGAAUCUGUACGACGGGAAAGUGCACAGCCUGAGCUGGUCCUCAUGCCCAGGCCAGGAUCUCAGCACUUGCGGUCUCUUUGUGUCUGGCUCAGCUGGCAUUCUGCUGUGGCUGGAGGUCUCUUGCAGCCCACUCGACAGCAUGACUGUGGUGGUAAAGCAGUGCUUCAGCCUGCCGCCUUGCAAGCAGCGAUGGCACACGUGCACCGCCUUCCUUCCCCAUGGAGAUUUUCUCCUUUGUGGUGACCGCCGGGGCUCUCUGAUGCUGUUUGCAUGCAGGACCCGUCUUGACUUGGAACAAGAGAAGGCAUCAGGGGGAGGAGACUUACGUGGAUUAGGUUCAGUGACAGCCUGUAAUGUGCCAGGGCUAAACCUUCCUAUUGGAAGAGAGAGGCCAGACACCAAGGACCCUGUUUCUCUAAUCUUUGGACUUCAUGGGAAGACUGGCGUAACCUCUGUAGCCUGCCAUGGUGACUUCCUCUACAGCACAGGCCGUGAUGGCUGCUACAGGCAGCUCCAGAUUUUGGGCCAGCAGCUCCAAGUGCUGAGGAAGCAGAAGCCAUGCAAAGGCCUGGAGUGGCUGGAAGGGCUGCGUUUCAGCCCUGAUGGCAGCAUGUGGGUGCUGGGCUUCCAUGCUGCCUGCUUUGUGCUCUGGAAUGCCAACAGCAAUGAGACGCUGUUGAGCAUCCCUUGUGGGGGUGGCCACCGCUCCUGGAGCUACACUCAUUGUCCCUCUGCUGAGACCUUUGCUUACAUCAAAUCUGGGGACGUGGUCGUAUACCAAAAUAGAGAUAUGCCCAAUGGGCAGUGCAUCCUCAAAGAAUCUUUGCAUGGGCGAGAGCUGACAUGUGUGUGCCAUGUUGGAACUUUGAAGACAUCCAGGCAGGACCUAGUAAGCAUCUUUGCCACUGGCAGCGAGGACAACACAGUGACUAUUCUAGCCUUUGGAGCACAGUUUCAUACGUUGAGCCGGCUCACAGCUCUCAAUGACCAUAUCUCAAGCGUGAGAGCUCUGGCGGUGGUGGAAAGCACUGCUGUUCUGCAGGAGAAAGGGAGUAUCUCCUCCAUCCUUUUCUCAGCAGGGGGCCGAGCUCAGAUUGAAUGUUACCGUCUGCAGCUCAGCCCUGACUAUGGUUCCAGCAGUGGUGUGUUGUGCCAGCUGGCCCAUGUGGCAUCACAUCGGCUGGAUGAGCAGUGGGAUCGCAUGAAAAAUAGGCACAAGUUGAUCAAGAUGGAUCCAGAGACCAGGUAUAUGUCUGUUGCAGUGUUCGUUGGGACUGAGGAUGCAGAGCUGCCUGCUCCCAUACUCUUUCUAGCUGCUGCCUGCAGUGACGGAUCUGUCCGGCUUUUCUUGCUGCUCGAGUGUGCCCAGAAACUCUGGCUUGUGGCAGAGUCCUUUUACCAUCAGCGCUGUGUCCUGAAAGUCCAAGUGUUUACCUGCAAGACAGCUGGUGGAGGAAGGAGACAGUUCUUGGUCAGUGCUGCCACUGACGGGGCCAUUGCAUUUUGGGAUAUCACGGCUACCAUUGAUUGUGCCAUGGAGGCUGUAAAGGCAAAAGUCAGAGAGGUGGAGCUUCUGGCUCUGGAAACUCCGGUCUUUACCAUCCAGGCUCACAGCUGUGGUGUGAAUAGCCUCCAUGUCCAGGAAACAGCGAGUGGCCAUUUCCUCGUGGCCAGUGGCAGCGAUGAUGGUUCCAUCCACAUCUGUGUUAUAGAAGUGAAUGUCAAAAGCAUAGUCAACAAGGGAACCAUUGGUGGGGCUGGCAUCCACGUCCUUAGAAAGUUCUCGAGGCUUUGCGCCCACGCAGCUCAUGUGACAGGAGUCCGACUCCUACACCCCAACUUCCUCCUUUCCGUUUCUGUGGACCAGCGCCUGACACUGUGGUGCCUUGAUGAGGACAGUCUGUCUUUUGUGUACAGCAAGUUUUGCCACGUAGCUGAUGUGGCUGCUCUAGAGUGUUGGGAAAGCAGGCAACACGGCUGUCAUACUGUGAUAUGUGGCCAGGGCCUGGAGAUUCUCCGGUGCAAAGUAUGAACAAAGGCCUGCUGGAAACAUGCCAGGUGAUAGAUAAAAGCUUUUGUAUGAAAAACGCCAUGAAGUGAGCACAUAAUUGCCUUUGUAGACUGGUCAAAUUUCUGGAAAAUGCACAGGAUUUAGUAACAACCAAUAUACCAAUAUUUUCUUGGUGAAAAAGUAUGGUAAAUUCAGAAAUCUGAUUGCCAAAUUUUAAGCCGUGUGAUUUGGUUGUCAUCGUGGUGGUCAUUUUUCAGAAAUUCCUAUGGAAGGAGGUGCUAGCAACAAUCAGCUCUUCCUUAAUUCUAAAAAGUGCUGAACUGAAAAAUCUAGGUUGCCAAAUGUUGGUUUAGUCACUAUCAUAGAAACUGUCUGCUUCAUAACCUGGUGUUGUAUAUAACUGAGAUCUUUGUACAAGAGAACUUUAUUAAUCCUAAUUAGUUCUCCCUCACAGAGAUAGAAAUGGCUGAAUUCCCCUGUUCACUAUCAGUACCAAGGACAAUGAGACAUUUAUAUCCAUUCAUUUGUUUGCUUGAUGCUUUUCUUUAUGCCUUGUUACUCAGUGUAACUAUUCCAGGUUGGGCGCUGUUUAUAUCAAAUAUUACCAUCAGAAAUACUUACCAAUUUCAAAAAUGGAAACUGUCAUAAAACAAGAGAUUUAGUAGGGUUGAUUGUGAUGAGGCUCAAGUGUGGACCAAAGGGAACUUGAAAGACCAGAGCUGGAAUUGUGAUCCAAUCUCAAAACACAUACAUGAGUCAAUAUGUAUAGAACUCCAAUCCCAAUAAGACAAGGCGCCUAUGCUUUUUAUGAUACAGUCUUACAUGUUGAAGUUCUACAUAAAGAAGCCAGAAACUCUCAGAAACGAUGUGAUCAUCCAGAUGACCUCUUUACCAUGCUGGUGGUAUCUGCAAUGUGUAAUCUGUCUGUCUUGGUAAUUAUGUAUGGAGAUGAGAAUAUGCUCAGGAAGUUUCUGCCGGCCUGUCCUUAAUAAUUCAUCACUUGAGCCCUGGACAGGCUGGGGUUACUGGUCUGGUAGCCCCAUGCAUAUUUGAUGGCCCCAAGUGCAGCAACAGGGAGAUCACAACAAGGCCCUUUUGUGUCAAGGUUCAGUACACAAGGUGCAUCUGUCAUGCACUGCUGCUGUCCAAUGGCCUUUGUGAGCUGCUGAACUCACAGUGAACCAAAGCAACAUUGUUCACUUGGUGGCACUUGCAAUAGAAGAAUGUGGAGUGAGUAGCCAGGUUUGGGCUCUUGUCUAAUAGGCACUCACCUUUAGCCUGGGCUAUCCUGCAACUAUGUUCAGGAACUCCUAAGCACACUUCAGAUGCCGUGGACUAACUUGGGGAACUACAACUGAAUCAGCUCAAAGAUGCCAUUCCAGCCACGUGUCAUCCCAAAAGCCAGGCAGAAACAAAUAGUCUCAGAAGGGACCCAGCGAAUGGCAUCCCUGGAAGCAACUGGCCUGCUCCCUUCAGUGGCUGGUGCCGUGGUCCGAAGGUCAUUCCUACCCACAGCAAGCGUCGCCACCCACCUGGGCUGCUCCAUGAGGAUAAGCGGAACCCCUACCUUCAAGAAGUGUCAGCUCCAUGCAAGGAAUAAAGAAGAUCCAACCAGAGGCUGGCUGGGGAAGGUAGGAGCUGCAAUCAAGGACCGGGACAAAAUUGUGACCGAGACUCCUUUAAGUGCAAGGCAAAACAAGAUGGUUCUUCCUCAGCUUUCCAAAGGACAAAAAGACGAUACGCCAUAUCAGAAGUUGCCGUGUCUCCCUGCCUGUUUCUCCCAAACCAAAAAAGCUCCACCGCCUAACAGUGACAUGGCCCCAUGGACUGGGGCCGCUCAGUCUGAGGCCUCCUUCCACACCCUUUUCACACCUGUGGUCUCCGUCUUGCAUAGUGUCCCUUGCUCCACAGCAGGCCCUCCUGCCUUCUGCAGCUUUUCCCCAGAGCAUGGAGAGAAGGCCUCAGCCACAGAAAGGGAGCAGAGACUAAGAGCCAAGCUGCUGCAAGGCAGGGCUAAGCAGAAGGGGCAAAGCAGAGGCUUGCCCAGGCACUUCAAGAGCAAGCUGCAGGUGACGAAGCUGCUGCCCGUGCCCCGCAUAACUACCCUCAGCUUCAGCCGCAACUUCACUUUCUCCUUCUUUGAACUGCCGCCCCAUCAAAGCCACCAGCACUGGAAGCAACGCCAGCAGCUCCUCAGCCUCCUCAUGAAACAGCUGCAGUAGCACACCUUUGGCAACAGGCAUGGAAAGAGGGACCCAGCAGCCCUAGAACUACCUUUGGAACUGCCCACUUGCAGUGCAGGAGGCCAAGUUGAACUCAAUCCACAGCCCCAGAGAAUAUGCUUGCCUGCUAUGGAAAUACCACCUUGCAUCCAUCACAACAGUUACCCCCCUCUUCUCUACUUAAAACCACAUUAGAUGAAAUCCUGGGAAGUUUCCAGACUGAUCUGCUCAGCAGUUUUAAAAAAGGUAUGUUGCAACCAUAACUAUGACCAACAUUGGAUCAAGGGACAAGGGGGCUUAGACCUCCCUCCUCCUUAUGUGCAUCCCUUUUCCAAACACCACCCAUACCAGUUGCUAGCUCUACCUUUUUAAUAGCUGAGGAUGAAGAGGGAAAGGCUGUUUUAAUCAGUAAAAACUGUAUGCACUUCCUGGUGAGAUUCUACAGCUCCUCUACAUAACAGACCAUCUUUGUCAUAGUUCUAAAUCUGCAGAAAUUUCUAAAGCUGCCACCUGGUGCAAGUUACGGGGAGAGGACCCCACUGUUCUUAAACAUUGAUCUAACAAUGAUAUGUGGUGUUUGAUUCAUUUACUGUGAUAUAUAGCUAUAUUUUGCUUUUUUAAUAAGCAAUAGAGUUUAUCUAUUCCAAAGUCUCUUACUGUGUAACAGUUUAUACUUUGGACCAUGUACAUUUCCAAUUUCACAAUAAAAAUAAAUAAAAACCUGCCAGGAACAUCCUGUCACAGGUGAUUCAAUAUCUUGUUUGGUUCUUACUGGCAGCUCAAGU